CCCCCCCCAAAAAAAAAAAAGCGGAGGAGUGUCAAUUUAAAAUAUUUUAUUACUAUUAGGUAUUCUUUUGGGGGAAAAAUUGUUUUUGAUUUUUGUUUUAUCGGAACCUAUAAAAACUCAUAUUUCCAUUUGUAAUCAGAUCAGAAUUUAGAUGGAUUUGAAUGAUCGGAGGUCUCAGACCCGGGCCCGCGCCCGGGCCCGAGCUCGUGCUCGGGUUCAGUUUCAAGCUUAGUGGGUUGACGGUACCGGAAUUGACACCGGAGAUGUUGCCGGAGUUGAUGCCGGAGUCAUAGAGUCUGCUUAUAGGUCUCGGGUUAGGGCACGAGCUCGAGCUCGAGCUCUUUAUCGGGCUCGUUCUCAGGCUCGGGCUCGUUUUCAGGCUAAGUGGGUUGACGUUACCGGAAUUCACACCGGAAUGUUGUCGGAGUCGGAGAGAAUCCUUAUAAGUGGAAUGAACUUCGUCAAAUGAUUGUCAACAAAAUAACGGAGACCUUAGCCAGACUUCUUCCUGAAUCUAAUCUAGGAGUACAGGAGGUUAUGAAAACUGCAGCGAGGUAUGAGAAAAAGAUCUAUACUGCUACGAUGAGAAGUCAGCGAGAUUAUUUGCGGGACAUAUCUUCAAAGAUGUUGACAUUGGAGAAUAGAUUUCAAAAUCCUAGAACCAAUUAUUUACACCCCAAUGCUUCAAGUAGUGGUCAGAAUGUCCAUGGCCCAGUGCAUGUUGAGGAACGAUUAGAGAAAAUGGAAACUCAUUCAGAAAAGAUGGUGACAUUGGAGAAUAAAUCUCAAAAUCCUAUGACCAAUUAUGUACUUCCCAGUGCUGCAAGUAGUUGUCAAAAUAUGCAUGGCACAGAGAUGGCAAUGGAAGCUACUUCCUACAAAAUUAAUUCUGGGCCAGAGGAUGACAAGGAGCAAGCAGCGGAAGAAGAAGCAGAAGAGGACGCUGGGGACAUGUCAAAGGAAGACUUUGUUGAGGAGGUCAUGGUUAAGAAGGAGCAAAACUAUGUUGUUGGGCACGAAGAGAACGUCACAGUUGGGGAAAAUGAGAUCUCUUGUGGAUUGAGUGUUGGUGCUAAACUUGAUGAGCGUUUAGUGCAAGUUGAGGAACGAUUAGAGAAGAUGGAGACGUUGUUGGUUGAUAUUAACGAAAAAUUGAACUGUUUAGUGAAGAUGCAAGAUGCUAAAGGUUCUAUGGACUUGAGACGUCCAGCUAAGUAUAUGAGCUCCUUGUGGAUUGGCAAUGGACGAUCGAAGAGGAAACAUAGAGCAGCCGAGUUGAUAAGGCAGUCGUGCAAGCAUCGACGAUUGGGAAAAGGUGAUAAGGCAGUAGUUCAUCCAGUUGCUUUGCAUGAUGAUUGUGUCGAAAAUGACCAAAGGAAGUUAGAUGAUGAAGAACCAACAAUUUGAUGAUAAUUACUUUAUGUUUUUUCUUCCUUCUUUUAUGUGUAGCACAAUCUGUAAUAUAAAUUUAUUUCUCAUGUUUUGUUUAUAUGAUCUCUUUUGCAUUGUCAAAGAUCUCCUAUAUAAAUUAUCUCUAGCAAUUUAUAAAUUCCUUAAUUUACUGGGUUA